AUGCCGGGACUCACCAUACAAUCGUCCUCCUCAGCCAGCUCGCUCAGCGGCGGCGUGGGCUGGCAGGAAUCACUGGCGAUUGCGAGCGAUGAAGAAUACGCAGCCAAUUUCCCCAAUGGAUACACCGAGAAACCCCUGAGCGAACAGCUCGAGCCUAUCGCUGUGGUUGGAAUGGGUGAGACGAGCUCGAACCCUGCAUCAUUACAGUUACACUUUCACUCUCCAACCGGCAGGACUCCCAAGGUGCCGGCUUCACGAUUCAACAUCGAUGCCCACCUCCAUCCGAACAACGAGCGUCCUGGCUCAUUUAAUGUCCCUGGCGGAUAUUUCCUGGACAGCAGUCUCCAAGAAUUCGACCCGUCACUUUUCAAUAUCUCACCCAUUGAGGCCAUGUGGAUGGACCCCCAGCAGCGAAAGCUCCUCGAGGUCGUCUACGAGUCUCUAGAAUCCGGCGGCAUUACGCUGAGCCAGAUCGAAAACACCAAGACGGCCGUGUUCGUCGGGAGUUUCACCAGCGACUUCCAACAAAUGUCCUUUAAGGAGCCGGACUUCCGUCACAGCUACGCCGCCACGGGAGUUGACCCGGGCAUCAUCUCGAACCGCAUCAGUCACGUCUUCAACCUGUCAGGGCCGAGCAUAACGGUCAACACGGCCUGUUCGUCUUCCAUCUAUGCGAUGCAUAACGCGUGCAACGCCCUCCGGAAUAACGAGUGCAGCGGCGCCAUUGUGGGUGGAACCAACUUGAUACUCACCGUCGACCAGCACAUGAACACCGCGAAGCUGGGCGUUCUCUCCCCGGAUUCCACCUGCCACACUUUCGAUGCGACAGCCAAUGGCUACGGCAGAGCGGACGGCGUUGGAGCCGUCUAUCUAAAGCGUCUCAGUGAUGCCCUUCGUGACGGGGAUCCCAUCCGUGGCGUGCUAAGGUCGUCGGCGGUAAACUCGAACGGCAAAGUUCCCAAUGUGGGCAUUACCUACCCCAACAAAGAGGGCCAGGUUCAGGUCAUCCAACACGCGUACCGGCGCGGCGGUGAUCUCGAUCCGCGCUACACGGGGUAUUUCGAGUGCCACGGAACAGGCACGCCAGUUGGCGACCCGAUCGAGGUCCACGCCGUCUCGCAGGCAAUGAACAAGGAAGGCGUCCCAAAAACGGCCGACCCGUCCACCGAAGCCCUGUGGAUUGGUGCUGUCAAAACAAAUAUCGGCCACAGCGAAGCGGCUAGCGGUCUUUCGGCCAUUAUCAAGGCCGUAUUGACGACAGAGAGGGGUCUGAUCCCGCCAACUAGGGGCUUGGUAAACCCCAAUCCAAACAUUGACUGGAAGUCCUGGAAUGUCAAAGUUCCUUCGGAACCUCAGCUCUUCCCUGACCACCUUCCCGUGAGGCGCGUGAGCGUCAACAGCUUCGGCUAUGGCGGUACCAACGGCCACGUCAUCGUUGAAGGCGUCCAGUCUCUUGUUCCGGGCUACACACACGGUCAAAAGAAAGCCGGCGCGAAAGGCGCCGAGCGCGGAGUCUUCAGCCAGAGACGACCCUACCUGCUCCCCUUCUCGGCGCACGACAAGCCGACUCUGAUGCGGAAUCUGGAAGCCUACGCCAAGGCGGUCGGGGACUACAACCUGCUCGACCUGUCUUACACCCUGGCCAACCGCCGUUCCAGACUGCCGAGCCGCGGUUUCGUGGUGAGCAGCCCCAGCAGCGUGGUCAACGACUUUGCCAAUAUCGCGGAGAAGUUCGCCUUCGCGGACAAGAAAAAGGCGCCCGCCAUCGGCUUUGCCUUCACUGGCCAGGGUGCGCAAUGGGCGCGCAUGGCAACGGAUCUCAUGCUCUACUACCCGAGUGUCUUGCGCACCAUCCGCAAGCUGGACCAGGUGCUGGGCGAUCUCCCCAAUGGCCCGGAUUGGACAUUGGAAGACGUCCUUCAGGAAGAUGCGUCGACGUCUCGGAUCAACGAAGCAGAAUUCUCUCAGCCGUUGUGUACUGCGGUUCAAAUUGCCAUUGUCGAACUUUUGCAGUCCUGGGGAGUCAUGCCAUCGGUCGUCGUCGGUCAUUCAUCGGGCGAGAUUGCUGGCGCAUACGCCGCCGGCCUGAUCGGUUUCAACGAAGCCAUCGUCGCGGCCUACUUCCGUGGAAGGACCGUAAGGGACAUCAAGACCAACGGAGCCAUGAUGGCUGUCGGACUGGGCUCUGAGGCCGUUCAGAGCUAUCUUUCCGACUCCCAGGGCCGCGUCGUGGUGGCAUGCCAUAACUCACCUGCUCUGGUGACACUGAGCGGUGAUGCCGAUGCCCUCGAAGCCGUAAAGGAACGGCUCGACAAAGACAAGGUCUUUGGGCGCAUGGUCAAGACGGGCGGGAAGGCUUAUCACUCUUUCCAUAUGGAACCGGCAGCAGGAGCUUAUAACGCUCUCCUGAGCGAGGCCCAGUACUAUAUGGACGCCCCUGAGAGAAAGGUCACCAAAGCAGUCAUGGUAUCCUCGGUCACCAACGAGCCUUUGGACCCAGAGACGCCCCUGGGUGCUCAUUACUGGUGCUCCAACCUGAUCAGCCCCGUCAAGUUUGAGCAAGCCGUCCAGACGAUCGGUUCUCUCCCAAGCUUCAAGGACGCUGAUCUCCUCUUGGUCGAGAUUGGCCCUCACUCUGCCCUUCAAGGACCCAUUAAGGCCAUCUGCCGCGAGUACAAGCUGGAGCGGAUGAGCUAUCUCCCGACCAUGGAGCGCGGUGGGAACUCGGCAUUCCAGCUGUUGACUCUUGCCGGUCAACUGUUCUUGCGGAACUUUGACCUCAACUACGAGCGUGUGACCGCCAUCGAGGAGGUUUCGGACUCUGGAAAGGACCGACUGAAGAAAGGCAAAGCCCUCGUGGAUCUGCCCACCUAUCAGUGGAACUACGCGAAGAACCUUUGGGCAGAACCCCGUCAGUCGGCCGAGCACAGAGCUCCCCAAUACGCGCGUCAUGACACGCUGGGCUCCCGCAUUCCCGGAGGUUCCAAGUAUGGACCUACGUGGCGAAACCGCCUCCGCAUUAUGGAUCUGCCAUGGCUGAAGCAUCACUCCCUUGGCGGUGAAGUCGUCUUCCCGGCUGCGGGCUACUUCAGCAUGGCCAUCGAGGCCGUGACCCAGAUGAACGAAGAGAGUCGACUGGAGGAAGAAGUGACCAGCUACACCCUCCGCGAUGUCUCCAUCAAGGCAGCCCUUGUGGUUCCCGACGACAACGACGGGAUUGAGACCAUGUUCACACUCCGUCCCAGCGUUUACAGCGACAGCGACAGCAACGGCCUCGUCGCAUGGUGGGACUUCAACGUCUCGUCGUGCUCGGACGACGGGCAUUGGAACAGCCACAUGACCGGCACCGUCGGCAUCAACGCACAGCCGAGGCAGACCCCCAAGGAGAUCCCUCCCAUGCGCCAGCGGGCAACGGGCAAGGCUUGGAACCAGGCCUUGAAGGGGGUCGGUUUCGAUUAUGGCCCGUCGUUCCAAGACAUGCAGGACGUCCGCUCGGAUGGAAAGCUAUAUCACGCGGCGUCUGCUUCUGUUGUGAAGACGGAAUCCGGUCUGGUGGAAGGCGAAUCUCGUCAUGUCCUUCAUCCCACGGCGAUUGACUCGUGCCUUCAGCUUAUCAUCGUUUCUAUCUAUGCGGGUAAGAUGCAGGACAUGACCUGCGGAGCCGUCCCCAUCCAACUGGACGAGGUUUCCAUCUGGCCCCCAACAAGUGCUCAGUUGGAGAACCCCAAAGCCCAAGCCUUCUCCUGGACGGAUGAACGCGGUUUCCGCACCUUCAAUAGCAGCACGCAGCUGGUGGGAAGCGACGGUCAGCUCGUCAUGUGCAUCAAGCAGAUGCGUUCCGUCGCUUAUGAAGCUGCCGUUCCUCAACGCAGCACAGCCACCAUCAAGGAGCAACCGUUCAUGAAGCUUGCUUGGAACGUCGACAUUACCACGCUUACCGCCGACAGCCCCGUCAAAGGCCUCAGCGCUCAAGACCUUGUCGUACUGGCUGGUUUCAAAACCCCGGGUAUCAGAGUCCUCGACCUCGGUGCCCUUGAUCCGGUAUCCAUGUGUCAGGCAACCGAGUUGAUGCACUACACGGCGACCACGACGACGGAUGAGGAUCUGGAGAGUCUUCGGCUGGCCAUCUCACCCUAUCACCAUGCCGCCGCUCUCAAGGUCGAUCCUGCUUUGGACUUGGAGUCGCAGAAGCUACAGGCCGGGCAGUUUGACUUGAUCCUACCGGGGACCCUGACGGACGCUGCCAAGCUCCACUGGCUACUUGCGCCAGGAGGUCGUGUUAUUGGUAAUGCGAUCACGUGCGCCUCGCUAGGGAAACUCUUCUCUGUCCUGAGCCUGCGAAACGGCCUGGCCAUCGCCACGGCCCAAGAGGACCAUACCAAUGGCAUAAACGGCACCAACGGACACAGCUCUCGCUUCAUCACCAUCAUCUACCGCAACGAGGUGACAGACUUUUGCCGCAGCCUUGCCAAACUCGUCGAAGGACUCGGCACCCCCCGGUUCGUGCGGUUGGCAGAUGCCCCUGCCGAACUCACCUCUUUCCAGCACGUCAUCGUGGCCUGUGACCUGGAAGGACCACUCCUCUUGACCCUCGAAGCCAGCGAGCUUUCCGGCCUGCAAAGCGUCGUCUCUCAGACGUCGUCCAUCACCUGGGUGUCGGCCGGCGGUCUCAAAGAUGGCGUCGCGCCCGAACAGGCCAUGGCAUCCGGCCUCGCGCGGUCCGUCAGUUCCGAGAUGGCGUCGGUCGAUUUCACCACCGUGGACGUCAACCUCGCAACCACGUCUACGCAAUUCGCCUUGACCCAAGUUUUGAAUGCGCUGGACCGGCAGAUUCACCACGCGGAGGGCAAAGAGUCCGAGUACUGCGUCGACAACGAGCUCGUAUACAUCAGCCGGCUCGUGGCCGACGACACCUUGAACGAGGAAUUCGGUCCGCAAAGUUCCGUUGUCAAGAUGGUUUCGUUCAAGGAGUCUGAUCACCUCGUCGGACUACCCCAAGCGGGCAAGCUCGUAUAUACCCAAGCGGACCGCUCCAACCAAGCAAUCGGCGCCGAUGAGGUUCAGGUCCGAGUCAUCCUGACUGAUCUCGACAAGGAGGACGUGAUGGUUCGCCAAGGAACAGACUACCCCACCACUUUCUCCCACGAGAUCUAUGGUGAGGUUACCAUGAAGGGGUCCGAUGUGAAGGACAUCGACGUGGGUGACCGUGUCUUCGGCUUCAACCGCGACAGGCUGGCUACCUUCCAGACCGUAAAGGCGGCCAUGCUCCAGAAGGCCGUGGACACGGACGUUCCGGAAGAGGUCGUUACCUUACCCCUGGCUUAUGCAACGGCCCUCCAUGGAUUGAGCACACUGGCGCGUGUCGAGGAAGGAGACGUCGUCCUGGUCCUCCACGGGACUGGAGAUGCCGGCGCUGCUGCCAUGACCCUCAGCAAGCAGAAGAAGGCCGCUACCUACGUUGCUGUGAAGUCUGAGGCCGACGCUGCAACGGUUGCUGCCGUCUUUGACCUCCCCCUCGAGAACAUCAUCAGCGAUUUCGAUCACAACGUGAUGGCGAGGUUGGUGGGGCUGACAGGAGGACGUGCGGCCGAUAUUGUCUUCAGCUCGGCGUACGUACCUCCCGAAGUGUCACACGAGUGCUGGCGAGGCAUUGCGCCCUUUGGCCGCUUCCUCGAGGUUGGCCGGAAGAAUGUUCUUAAGCGUGCUGCUAUGGACACCGUUCCCCUUCGCCGCGGAGCUUGUUACAUGGCCUUCGAUAUCAUCGACCUUUGGACCCAGAAGCCCCAUCUUCUGUCUGCCUACUUGCGCGAGACGACUACGCUCUACAGACAGAGGCUCGUGUCCGCCGUAGGUCCUAUCGAGAAGAGAAACAUUACUCAAUACGACGAGGCCGUCGCAUCGUUCAGCAAUGAUUUCGGCGUCGGAAAGACGGUCAUCGAGUAUGCCGAGUCGAGCGGACAAAUCAGCAUGCUUCCCAAACGGCCCGAGUUCCAGUUCCGUCCUGACGCUACUUACUUCCUCGUGGGCUGCCUGGGUGGUCUUGGUAAGAGUUUGACCGAGUGGAUGGUGCAACGUGGAGCUAGGAGCUUCGCCUUUAUGUCGAGAUCCGGCGUCAACAGCGCAGAGGCGUCGGCAUGGCUUGGUAGCAUCGAGGCUGCGGGAGCUACUUGUCAGAUCAUCAAGGGAGACGCAGCCAAGAAGGAGGAUGUGGACGCAGCGCUGCAGCUCGUUCCCGCUGAGUACCCCGUUAGAGGCGCAGUUCAUGCUGCCAUGGUCUUGCGUGACGGCCUUUUCCAUUCCAUGUCAUACGACAACUGGAAGACCUCAAUUGCCCCCAAGAUCCUCGGAGCAAUCAAUCUGCACGAAGCACUCUCUGACACAGAUCUGGAUUUCUUCGUCUUCACCAGCUCGACUUCAGGCAUCCUAGGAACGCCCGGCCAAGCCAACUACGCCGCCGGCAACAGCUUCCUCGACUCGCUCGCCCGGCAUCGCGUGGCUAACGGGAAACGCGCCUCGUCUCUCAUCCUCCCCAUGGUCCUCGAUGUCGGCGUCGUCGCCGAGAACCCCGAAAUCGAAGCCGCGCUGCGCCGCAAGGGUAUCUACGGCAUUGACGAAAUGCAUUUGCUCGAGGCCUUCCAAGCCGCCAUGUCAACGCAGGCCGCCGAGACACCCGCGGAUCACAUCAUUGUGGGCAUGGAUCCCAGCAAGCUCAAGGAAUCGCUGUCGAGCAGCGACGUCACCGAUAGCUUCUGGACCGAGGAUGAGCGGUUCAAGGCUGUCCUGCAAACCAUCAACUCGACGGGUUCUUCCAGGGAUGGCGGCGCCGGUGCCGGUUUCACUAUUCUCAAGGCCAUCCACGAGGCGGAUACUCCAAAAGAGGCCGUAGACUUGGUGACGGAGCAUUUCACCACCAAGCUCUCGCGGCUGUUGCUACUGGACCUUGACAUCUUCCAGCCUGAGGUUCUACCUAUUGCGGACUAUGGCCUGGACAGCAUGAUUGGCGCUGAGCUGCGUAACUGGAUCUUCAAGGAGUAUGCUUUGGAUAUUCCGUUCCAGCAGCUCAACGGGCCGGGCCUGACCAUCGCCAAGUUUGCGGAACUUGUCUGUGUAAAUCAAGGUAUAAAAUGA